AAAUUGGCACGGUUAUAAUAAAAUAGACAAUUGAGUUUCGAUUUGAUUGGUUAAUUGCACACAAAAAAGUAUAAAGUGAACUUUUUAUUAACGACAAAGUUUAAAUUAAACCCUGUGUUUACAUCCGCAAGCCUUGCAUAAAAUAGUCAAUUUCCGACCGCAGCGAUCUGGCAACGCCGCAUAUUUUUCGAGACGCAGAACGCAAGAUAUUUCUUAUCUGUCUUGUAAAAAAAUGGAUUAUUUCAUUUCGGUCGGUGCGUAUCUCGGAAAAUCGCAUGCCUUUUGGCAGUAGAGAAGGCCACCAACUUUCCACGCCCAACUCCCCGUGUCCCCCGCCCGUGGGGAAAAUGGGAAAGCAACAAUAUCUGGCAUCCGUAUCUUCGUCCGUCGCAGCCGUCAAAAUGUUCGUCGCGCCAGUUAUCGACUCGACAAUCUCCAUCUCCUAAAAGCACACACACACUCAAUCGCACGCAGGCCAGCACACACACGUAACCUGCCAGUAGAAGCGCCCUUAAUCUUGGCCAGAAACCACAAGAACAACAAGAACACCAGCAGCAGCAGCAGCGAAGGAACAGCAGCAGUAGGCGGAGGGAAACGGAGGCGCCGCUAGCACUAGCACCUAUCAUGUCCGAGAAGCACGGCCAGCUGGGUGAGCAGUGGACGAAAUCAGCGGCGCCAGCAGCCUCAGCACAAGCCUCAAAUUCCAUCCCCAUACAUCUACCGAUUCCCGUAGCGCUUCCCCUCCAGAAACCCAAUGCCAGUCCCUAUGGCAACUGCAGCCUACAGCCAGCGGAUAUUGUCUAUAACGCAACCCGGUUCCAGGGAUCUGCUAUCCAUGCCAAGGCUUCACCCCUGACCAUAACACCCGUGGGCCCUGGCGGUGGAGCUCCUGCCGCCGCCCAGGUCUCGCCCACGAGCCACACCCAUGUACCUGUACCUGUAGCCACGCCCAGCGGCUUCGUGCCGCCUCCGUUUCCCAUUGCCGCCGGCGGCAGUGGUGGUGGUGUCUCCAUGUCCGUGCUCACCCCGAAUCACUUUGUCACGGCAGCUGGAAACACUGCCUUCACCUUCAACACGGCCCAGCAACUGGGUCUGGGCAAGAUCAUGCACGCCAUGGGUGGAACCACAGGUGGAGUGUCAGCGGUAUCAGUACCAGUAACCACAAAUCCGGCAACGGCUGCUCCUUCGGCUCCCACAAUAACUGGCCAGAGGCAUCCCAAUGACGUGGUGCCAGCGGCCGGUGGAGUGAUCAAUUCCACCAUUGCCGAGAAUGUAAUGAACGCUUUGAGCAACUCCAAAUCAGUGGGAGCUUCGGUGCCCAACGAUGAGAAGAUGCGAAGGGUGCAGCAGGUGAUCGAGGGCAGCUUAGACGACAAUGCCAAGCUGCAGAUUUCGCAGAUCCUUGAGCGUGUCUCGGGAUUAAAGCCCAUUGAGAAGCUAUUCCUUUAUCUUCGAUUGCCUGGCGAGUGUGCAGACACAGAUCCGCUCAGGCAGCCACAAAAUCCGCUGGGAACGCGCUCGGAGAUUAACCACACCAUCAAUUGGGUGCGUUCCCAUCUGGAGCACGAUGCGCAGGUGUCCAUACCGAAGCAGGAUGUGUACAACGAUUACAUAGCUUAUUGCGAACGCCUCAGUAUCAAACCACUUUCCACGGCGGAUUUCGGCAAAGUGAUGAAGCAGGUAUUUCCGGACGUGCGUCCUCGGAGACUGGGAACGCGAGGAAACUCCCGAUAUUGUUACGCGGCCAUGCGGAAGACCACCAAGCUGACGCCUCCACAACUUCCACAGCUAUGCAAAACCGAGCAGGCCUCAGGUGGUGAUGCCACUGCUGACGUCAGUCAUCUGAAUAACGCCUCUAGUUUGGGUGCAUUACAGUCGCCAGGAGGCGAAUCUGAAUGCUGGGAUGUGGUGCGCAGCUGGGCAGAGAAGUUGCUGAACACCAAGCUAGAAAGCGUGGCGGAUUUAAGCUCCCGCAUCAGGAGCAACAAUGCCACAGUUUCGGUAAAAAAGUACACACCACGGGAACCCAAGGAAAAAAGAGUUUUAGCAGACAUUGGACCCCUGAAGAAGCGGCGCAAAAAAAAACGCAAGGGCUCCACAUCCUCGGAAUCCAGCUGCAAUCAAUUAGUUGCCGGUCAGGACGCGGGCAGCAGCCAGGAGGCCAGCGACGAACAGCUACUGAAGAUCAAGCAGGAGAUCAUAGACUCGCCCAUUCAGCACCAGCAACCGCCUAUGGGCGUCUACCUUCAGCAGGUGACGCCUAUGAACCUGGCCACAGAUCAGCGAAGCAGUGGCGCUGUGCGCAACCUCACGCCCAAAAUUUUGGAGAUGGGCUCGCCGGCCGUUCUGCUUGCGCAGCAGGAGCCCUCGCCCACGGGCAUAGUCAUCAAGGACGAAGUGGAGGAUUACACCUCAAACAUUUUCUGCAAAAAGGUUUUAAAGGCGCAGCAGACGAAAGGAUUCUGGGCCAAUUCUCCUAGCAGUGGCACAACGGGCGGUGGCGGCCUUCUGGUACCGCCAACAAUCACCACCACCUCGGCCACACCCCCGCCGCCGAACUCUAAUAAUUCCCCAGUUCCUGGACCUGGACUCUCCAUGGGUCCGCCCUCACAGAUAAUGAACGCCAGUUCGGUGAGCCCGUCGAGCAGCGUGGACACCACGCCCAAGGUGGCCUCCCGAAACCAAAUGAUACUGCGGGCCAAGCGGGUAAUGGCAGCGGAAAAUGCCGCAUUGGCAGCUGCCGCCGAGGACUCCGGACUGCCGGAGAACCUCGGAUUGCCCAGAGAGCGUGUGAUCAGCAUCUGCAACAUGGACAAGCAUGAGCUGGACGACUACUUUCUGCCUGGCGAGGACGAGGAGAACUCCGAGGAGCCCGACACCGAGCUGCUCCAAUAUUUUCCGAUGGGAGACGCUGAGGAAAAACAACUGAAUUCCUUGGAUGCUGCCGAACAGAACUGGAAUCCACAAGAGCCAACGACGAUGGGCUCUGCACCGGAGGCGAUGCCCGCUCCCGGCCGCGGAGCAGCCGCCGUCGUCGCCGCACCAGCAGCGAUGCUGGCGCCGGUGCCAGCGUCUUCGAUGCUGCCCGGACAGGCCGGAGUGGGUUCUGCCUCAGCGUCUCUGGCCCUAAUGUCAAAAAAGCAUCAACAGCAGCACCAGCUUCAGAGCCUGCAGCAGCAAUUGCAGCGUUCCAAGCAGCUGCCCAAUAUCAGCAACAACAAGAGAAAGAUCAGCCUAAGCAACGCCUCCAGCAACGGCAGCAACAAGAAUUGCAUUUUCCUGCCCAUUUCUCCAAAUAUCAACGGAUCCAAUGGACCAGUGGCGACAACGACAGUCCUGGGGACGGCAAAUCCCAGCCAAAAUUGCUUCGCCAGUCCGGGUCUGACCAGAAUGAGGCAACGACCCAACUUGUUGAGCAAGCAGCAAUCCCUGGACUGUGACAACCGAGAUCCCAUGAUCGGAGCCCAUCGCAAGGUUCGAGGCUAUGUGUAUAGCUAUCCUACGAGCACGUCUGCCUCCGCUCCACCCAGUCCCUCGCUUCUCCAACAAUGGAUGGGCGGCAAUUGGUCGUUAAGUGGCGGGAAUAGCUCAAGCUUUGCAGACACCAGCCACAGCGCUGAUCCGCUGGUCAACCAAAACUCAAUGGAUCUGGAGACGAGUCUGGCGCUGACGGGAGCAAACGAACUGGAUACGUCGGAGAUGCAGCGUUCGCAGUCGGUGCCACUCUCUCAAUUGCAACGUAGGAGCAGCCAACAGUCGCCCAGUCUACAUUUCUACUCCGAGAAUAGCAACAGCCAGCAGUCGGCGCCACUAAAGGAUACAGGAUUGCUCUACGAGGAGGUGGAUGUGGGCUCUCUGAUCUCGCCCAAUUUCAACAGCAAGUUUAAUAGCAUUACCCAGCAGACGGCCACCACGUGCAGCUCCUCGGCGGGCUCAUCAUCCGGCUACAGCAGCGGCGGCUCUGCGGGAAUUGUCUCACGAUCGGUACCCUCCACUCCGCUGCCACAUCAGCACCAAAACAGCCUUACAUCCUUGAACGGAGCAGGCGUAGCGACAGCCAGUGGAGGUGAUGUUUUAGGAAUCGGAAAUGGAGGCAGCUGCGGAGCUGGAAAUGGCUUCUUCACCAUCUCGGACUCAUUUAACUGGGAAGGAUCUACGGGGAGUGGUAACCAGGUUGCUUACGGAUCACAUUCUUACGGUGCCCGCAAUCCACUGGACAUUUCCAAAUCGAUGCCGACGACACCGAUAGCAACACAACGUUUCCGCUACAGUCCUGCGGAGGUGCACCGCGAUUUUCUCAUAAAUGGCAAUACCAUUGAUAGUUUAACUUCAUCCGCUUUUGGAGCGGGAGGAGGUGCCACGGAUCCGGCAUUGGCUCUCAGCACGGACACCCUGAUCGAUGACAGUGCGCCCAGCAGCGCCGGUGUGGUGGAGGCGAUGAUCGGUGUUACAGACAUACUCGACGACUUUUAGAAUUUGCAUGAAGAGGAAGCUCAGGAGGACCAUGAAAUACCCGAGCGGCAGGAGCCGGAUGAAGUGGAGGAGAGUGAGGUCGAAUCAUCUGUCAAGGAGGACGCCAAUGUGGUGGCCUGUCUGCUGCAGCAUGUAGACCAGUUGUAGAGCCUUCUAUCAUCCGACUCCUGCUGUGUUCAUGUCUCGUUACUUAUUUGUGUUUUGUCUAAGUCCUUUUUUUUGUUGUUUCUGUUCCAAGAGUUCCAUUUUUCUAUUUUUUUUAAUUGGAAAAUUUAGCUUCUUAACAUAAUUACAAAUUCAAUUUACGACGAUGAUUUCUAAAAGAAAAGUUUAGCUUUAAAUUAGGUUCUGACAAAAAUAGCAUGUUAAGUUUAACUGAAAAAGAAUCCUGAAAACCUCCUCCACAAACGAGCUUUCUCUUCAUGCCAAUCGCAAAAUAAGAAAAAAAUCCAACAAAAUCCUAUCUUCCCUCUGUCUUAACUAAUCAACAGCUUAACUAUGCCUCUAAUUGGUUUCAUGAAAUGAAAUGUCCAACAGCAUUAGAGGUUUGAGUUGACCCGACUUCUGUAAUCUAUUUAUCUUUACCCUCAGGCCCUUGUUGUACGUAUGCAAUUGGCAUAUUGUUGUAAUUACUAAACAUUAACAUUAACAAACGGAUGGCGAUGGCGAUGGCGGACAGCAAAUCGGUUUCCCCUUGCUGUAUGUAGUUGCAUAAUUUUAUCGUUGAACAACAUUACAAAUGAAACGAACUUAAAGUCUGAAUGAAGGAAACGUGUGCAGCGGUUUUAAAAACGAAAACAAAUUUACAAAAUGUUACUGUAAACGAAUGUACAUCUAGAACUAUAGAACCUAACCUCGGCGCUCGACAAGUUUGUCUUCCUGCGACCCUCGAUUGUACAUAUAUAAGUAUAUAUAUAUAUAUAUAUAUAUUUCUAGAACGAUUUCCAUGCGGAUUUUAUAAGGGGUCGCAGCGAACCAGUCUCAGUUCAAAAUUGUCAAAUUUAAAUGUGUGUUUGUAUGGUGUUGUAAGGUAUUGAGAAUAGCGAGCUUCGUCAAUUGUUCAUCGAAUUCAUUGGCCUCCUUCGAUUUUACUAACCCAGCCCCGAUCUACAUAUUAUAUUUGUUACGCUAUAUCUUUAUCUGUCUAUCUUAAACGCUUUUGAUUCUUCGAUUAGUUGUAAGUGUUUGUUUGUUAUACCUGUUUAUUAUUUUUGUUUAAUUCACGCUUUCUCGGUUCGAUCUGCGCGUGUAGUACUUGAGUUGUGCUAUCAAUGGAUUUUGUACGAUGUUUUGUAGUUCAUGUUUUCUAAUGCCUGAAUUUCUAGUUGUAAUGUCGUUUCUUGUGCCCAGUUUGUCAGAGUCUUAAGUUCUAUUUUAUCGAUAUGAACAAAGUUUAGCUUUAAACACUUCUUAUUAGUAAUUCACAUUGCAAAUGAAUGUUAAUUUGUUUGUAAAACAAAGUAAAACACAAGCCCCAAACCUAUUUUCGUUCUAAAACCAAUAAUUCGGCUCAUGUGAGCAGAAAAUGUUUUUAAAAUUGUAAAGAAAAUAAAUCAUAAAUGUGCCUCAGGCUUUAUUGUAAAACAAUUAUAUACCACAACAAAUAUAUUCAUACAAACAUACAAAA